AUCGUCAAAUCAAAUAAAAAAUCUACCUGAGGGAUUGUUUACCAAAUUGACCAAGUUGAGAACCCUCCUCCUCAACAGUAACCAUUUGAAGCGAAUUCCUUACAGAGCCUUUUAUAGUGCGACCCAGCUAGACCUAUUAACAUUAUCUGAUAAUCCUCUUAGAGUAAUCGAGCAGGAAGCGUUUCGCCCCAGGUCUCGCAGUGUGAAAAUAUUUUUGCUCAGGACGAUGUUAAAGACAGUAACCUCUGCUUUCUUCUCAGGCCUCGACCCUGUCAAUUUUAAAUUCUUUACACGGAAUAGAAUUGCUAGAACUGUGUAUUAUUCUAUUCCGGGAGGGGAUAUCACAAUACAUUUGGAUUCUCUUGAUUCCAACGAAGAAUCUUUCAAAGUCCCCGUCAGGGAGCGCAACAGCGCUGCAUUCUCUUAUCUUGUGUCUGCACUACUUACCAUGGGUUUCACAGGAUCUAAAAACCAAUCAUACUAUAUAUAUCUCCCAUGUCCUUUGGGGACAUUUUCCGACACUUUGGAGAUAGGAAGCGGGAAUUGCGUAGAGUGCCCUCCUGGUGGUUAUUAUUCCGACACUUUUGGUUACGUAGCAGAAAGCUGUAAGAAUUGUCCAAAUGGUUCUUACGUGGCAUAUGACAAAAAACCUGGAAAAUCCGUUCUAGAUUGCAAGACGUGUCCAGAUGGAACGGAAACUGACUUUUUCGCUGGACAUCGUGGUUGUGCCUGCUUGGAAGGACACUACAGAACCCAUCUGUUUGACAACUGUACAAGAUGUGACCGAAGUGGGCUGCUAUGCCAAGAUGAGUAUGCUUCGCUAAAACCUGGCUUCUGGUGGCAAUGGCGGAACGAGUCCUAUAAACAUCGCUAUGAACAUUUUAUUAAAAAUCUGGCGGCAAAGUUACCUGCAUUGGACGAUUUCUCCGUACAAUAUCCUUACGCAAUACCAACACCUUACAGGUGUCAGGUAGAAGAGUCUUGCAAAGGAGGUUUAGAUUCACCAUGCGGAGAGGGGUAUCAUGGUCCAAUUUGUGCUGUUUGCAGUCCAGGAUAUCACAAGCGAUUUCACUCUUGUAAAAAAUGUUCUUCACGAGCCUGGAUCGCAGGACAGUUAUCUAUUAUCGCUGCUAUUUUAGCAAUACUGAUGGCCCUUUUGAUUUGGAAAAGAAAAACUAAUCUUUCACAGGACCGGGGACUCUCUUUUUUGGACAAUUUGUUGUCGAAGCUUAAGAUCUUGAUUGGUUUUUACCAAGUCACUCAUGGCUUGCUAGACGUCUUCUCGUUCAUUGAAUGGCCAGAUUCGUUGCAGGUUGUGUCCAAGCUUUCGGGAAUUUUACAGAUGAAUUUGCUUCAGAUUGCACCGAUUCACUGCCUUAAUCACAAAUUACACGUGGAUGCCUUUGGAGAUUUGUUUGUGAUCUUGUCAAUGAAUGUAAUGGUCAUUGUCGGUUCGUGUUUGAUUUACGGUGUUUGGAAAAUGAUUAUCUCACGAAAUCAAAACAUGGAGAAAGAUGCAAAGCUACACAAAAUUUCACUGACGAAAGUUCUCAUUUACAGAAACGUGUUUUUCUUCCUGUACGUGACCUACCUGAGCACCUGUUCGAAGACGGCCAGUGUUAUGCCGUUCGCCUGCCAGAAACUCUGCAAGGAUAGGAGAGAAGAGUUCUGUGACGAAUAUCUUAAAGUAGAUUACAGCAUAAAAUGCCAAGGAGCCAAUUACACUCAUCUGCUGAUUGUCGCUUACAUUUCAGCGGCAUACGUUAUUGCUUUGCCUUCUGUUUCUUUCAUCGCCCUUUGGAGGCAUCGGCGAACAAUCAUAACUGAGAAGGACAAUGAUAAUGGCUCUGAUCCAGAAGUUGUUGACGGAUUGCGAUUUCUCUUCGAAAACUACAAACCUGGUUCGUGGUAUUGGGAACUGGUUGAAAUGUCCCGCAGAUUCAUUCUUACAUGUGGCCUCAUUCUCGUGGGUCAAGAAAGCAGAUCGUUCAUUGGUUUGGCCUGGGUCGUUGCCGGUAUGUAUGCAGUGCUCUUCUGUUGGAUCAAACCCAUGCAAGAUACUUUUGAGAACAGACUGAUGUCCACUUCCCUUGCUGUUACAAUUGUAAACCUGGGUGUUGGUGCUGUGAGCAGAAUUCCCGCAGAGAACAUGUCAAACAUGGUGGAUCAUCACAUGGACGCUUUGGCAAUGAAGAUACUGAUUCUUGGAGCCAAUACUUUGGUGAUUGGUCUUCUUGUUGUUCAGUACUUGGCGUUCUUACAUCAGUUUUUCAAAGAGUGGCGCAAAAAUCCAAAAUGGUCUUUUUCUUGCUGCCUGGUAUUGCUUCUUCCACUUAAUGAUCUUCAGGGCGAGAUUCGUGGGAUGGUAGGUAAGAAUAUGCUUAAAACUCAGCUUCAGGCAGGGAUCAUUGAGAAGCCCUCCAUUGCGGCCAGUGCAAAAGAUACUGGAGCAUUGAGUUUUUCUCUAACUCAUGAAGACAGUGAAAGACAAGAAAGAAGUUCAGUAAAAUCCAAAGUUACCAGAAACGGCAACAGCGACACUAAAUGUGACCGUGGGACACAAACAGAAAUAUUCACACCUGCAUCUGCCGCUAUCGCUGUUCAUGGGAAGCGCGCCUGUGGAUAUCCAUGUGACUACAUGGAGUCGGCCGCGUCGCACCACUGCAUACUAUUUCCUGAAGCAGAUGAAGCCACCUCAGAGGAAGAAACGACAGACACGAAUAAUGAGGAAUGAAGAAGACGGCCAGAAAUGUUUUAACAUUUAGCAUACAAGGCAACGCAUCCUUUUUAAUUUAACAUAUUUACUACAAUAGCAAGAGCAAACAUGUUUAGACGAAACAUGAUUGUUUAUCAUACACUCUAAUAACGUUUUUUGAGGUAUUAUUUACACCUAUUGACAUACAAUACUUGCAUUGAUUAUUGCUUUAGAAGUUUCCCAGAUGAAUUCGAAGGCACCGUUCGGAUUUACCCAAACCUAUAUACUACGGUAGUAUAAUCAGAUAUGCACGGGCUACACUGUUUUCCAAGUAAAUGUACGCGUUGCCAUUACUAUUAUCAUCAUAUUAGUACAUGUAUUGGCAAUAUUCAUAAAUAUUAUUACUAGCUAAUAAUAAUUAUACUGAUACAGUUUCAGCUGAGUUUAUGCAAGUCCUAUUCGGAUUGUAGACAUGCU